UUCUGCUGUAGGCUGAAGUAGAAGGAGUGCGGUGUGGGUUCAGCUUUCUUUGGUAUAAGCGUUUAUCUCAAAAUGUACUACAAAAUCAGCGGAGUGACGGGAAAACUGACGGGUUCUACACCGGCGAGUGCCUGCUAUCCUCAGGGGCUGAAACCCACUGUGCCCUCACAACCCACCCCCAUGAUCUUCGCUUUACCCACCAAGGUGGUAUCUGAAGCAGGACCUACAGUCCAGUAUAUGGGCUCUAACAAGGUUCCUGAACUACAAAAGAUCUUUCAGAAAGCUGAUGGAGUGCCAAUUCACCUGAAGCGUGGAGUCAUGGACCGGCUGCUGUACAGGACUACAAUGGGCCUGACGAUUGGUGGAACCUUGUACUGCUUAGUGGCCCUGUAUUUUGCUGCUCAGCCCAGAAAAGUUGAAUAACUUGAAUAACCUUCCCUGUGGAGCAAGGAAAUGGACCAUUAUGACUGUGUUCCUAAAAACAGUUGCAUAACUGCUUUGGUUCCUCAAUAUUUUUUUCACCUCCUGAUAAUCUUUAAUUUAUAUUAUGGCCCUCAAGUGGGUUUGUAAGUACAUGUUUUAGAAACAGGGCGAAUAAGAAGCAACAGCCAAGACCAUCACUCCUCUGUGCAUGACUAAGUUCAGGAAUAUGGUGUAGUUGUAAUACAUGCUGUGCAGGUUUGGGAAGCUGUUGCUUUGAACAUGGAUGUGUGGAACAAGAAACCAAGCUUCCAGUUGGCUUGUAUACACAGGUGCUUGCAAUGAUGAAAUAAAUGAGCUAUACCAGCAGUUUGUGUUUUUUAAAAAAAAAAUAUAUAUAUAAUAUAUAUAUAUAUUGGAUGGGUUUUCAGUUUUUGUUAACUGAGACAUGCAAUUAUGCAAUCUCUCACUGAAGAACAAAAUGUCCUUUUCAAGUGCUUCGAUACUCGUGCACUAUUUACAUGGCCAUAAUUCUGUAAUUUGAUUGUGAAGUUAUUGUAGCUUUUCUUGAGAAAAUAAAUAUUUUGUUCAUAAAAAAAAGAA